AUGAUGAUGGACAAUCCAACACUUCAUCAUCCACAAAUUGUUCAAUUAACUACUACAAAUCCUCAAAAUAUUAAUAAUAUUCAACAACAACAACAACCUCAUAUAAAACCGCCGGGAGAAAUGGAAAAUUUUCUUACUAUUCGUUUACUUAUGCAAGGCAAAGAAGUUGGUAGUAUCAUUGGAAAACGUGGUGAUAAUAUAAAAGCAAUUCGAGAAGAAAGUGGUGCUCGUAUUAAUAUUAGUGAUGGUACAACACCAGAACGUAUUGUUACUAUGGUUGGUACAAUUGAUACAUUAUCAAAAGCAUUUGAUAUGAUUUGUCAAAAAUUUGAAGAUGAUUUAAAACAAACAUGUACAACAAUACCUCCAAUUACUUUACGACUUGUUGUACCUGCUAGUCAAUGUGGUUCAAUAAUUGGUAAAGGUGGUGCAAAAAUAAAAGAAAUUCGAGAAACAACAGGUGCAUCUGUACAAGUUGCAUCUGAAAUGUUACCAACAUCAACAGAACGCGCUGUUACAAUCUCAGGAAAACUUGAAUCUAUCGAAUCUUGUUUCCGACAAAUAUGCCAGAUCAUGCUUGAAUCACCACCCAAAGGUGAAACAGUUCCAUAUAGACCUAAAAUGAUGAUAUCACCUGUUCAUGCACCAAUUAUUUUUGCUAAUGGACAAGCUUAUCAAGUCCAAGGACAAUUUGCAAUACCCUUGCCACCAAAUGAAUUAAAUGCAUAUGCUUCAUUACCUCAACUUGGACCUGGUGUGGGUAUGCCGGCUGCACCUUUAAUGCCUAAUGGUCUUCCAGCAAAUCGUGCACAAUUACAAUCACAACGCGAGAUUACUAUUGCUAAUGAUCUUAUUGGUUGUAUUAUUGGACGUGGUGGACAAAAAAUAUCUGAGAUUAGACAAGCGUCUGGAGCUAAUAUUAAAAUAGCAGAUUUAGAUGAAGGUUCACAAGAUAGACACGUUACUAUUUCUGGUACACCUGAACAAAUACAAUUGGCAGAAUUUUUAAUUCAUUCGAGAAUUGCUUCGGAAAUUGGCGGUAUUCUAAUAACUCAUUAA